AUGGCCGAGCUCUUCACGCUCGUCCUCGCAAAGGACCCGGACGAUGAUCCUGGCGAUCCAGACUACGGCAAAUUGAUGGGAGCCACCGAUCCGCGCGCAACCACGAUCCAAAUCCUCAUCUCCAUCACCUUCGGCAUUGUCGCCUUCCUCACCUUCUGCGUGCUACGACCGCGAUGGCCGGGACUGUAUGCUGCGAGGAAGCACCAGAAGGAUGAGGCGACGGCGCUGCCGGACUUACCUGCCACCCUGUUCGGCUGGAUCAUACCGCUGUGGAAGAUCACGGAGCAGCAGGUGCUGGCCAGCGCAGGACUUGAUGCAUAUGUCUUCCUGCGCUUCUUCGUCAUGGCCAUGAAGUUCUUGGGCCUGGCGGGAGUCCUGAGCCUGGUUGUGAUCAAGCCGGUGCAUGAUGCCUACCCGGACGACGAAGACAAUAACCCUUUCGACAACGACACAGACACCGACGAGUCGUUGUCGCUAUUCCGACAGAGCAUGAAGCGAUCAGUGCAUGUGUUGCAGGGUAAUGAUAGCAGCGGAAAUGGAACGUGGAACGGCACAGUACCGUUCUUUCCGGGCAACCUCGAAACAGACUACCUCUGGAUGUACAUCAUAUUCGCGUACCUAUUUUCGCUCUUGGCCAUAUACUUGAUUGUCAGCGAGACGAGGAGAGUCAUCGAAGUGCGGCAGGAGUUCCUCGGAGCGCAGACCACCAUCACCGACAGGACGAUAAGACUCAGUGGCAUUCCUCGCGACAUGCAAGAUGAAGAUCGAGUGAAAGACUUCGUCGAGAGCCUGGACAUCGGGAAAGUGGAUAGCGUGGUGCUUUGCAGAAACUGGAAGAAGCUGGAUCAGGCCAUGACAUCGAGAAUGGACACAUUAAGACGACUAGAAGAGGCGUACACGAUUUACCUUAGCGAUCGCAGGGUCGAGCGAAAUGGCGAGACGUUACCUAUCGCGCAGCCAGCGCCGCCUGGACCUGGAGGCGGCGCACUCGCCGCUGAAGACGACGAGAGCUCGCCAUUGAAUGGAGCCGGUGGUAACGACAACGUUGCGCGACCGUACUCGAAGACGCGACCACAAGCGACCAUACGACAUGGCUUUUUGCGGUUGAGACGACACAAGGUGGAUGCCAUCGAUCACUACGAGGAGAAAUUACGCACCGCAGACGAAGAGGUUCAGCGCCUGCGGGGAGAACAGCAUGAGCCUACACCUCUGGCCUUUGUGACACUGGACUCGGUGGCCUCUUGCCAGAUGACAAUACAGGCCGUCUUGGACCCCUCGCCGUUGCAGCUCAUCGCGAACCAGAGUCCCGAACCGGCAGAUGUGAUCUGGCCCAAUACAUACCUAUCCCGGAGGAGUCGCAUGGUGCGCUCGUGGUCAAUAACAGUGCUCAUCGUGCUGCUCACCAUCUUCUGGUCGGCGCUUUUCGUCCCCAUAGCCGGUCUGCUGAACGUGGAGACCAUCGGCCGAGUGUUUCCAGGUCUGAAGGAGGUUUUAAAGAACCACGACAACGUCCGCGCGUUGGUCAACACACAGCUGCCUACCGCCAUUGCAUCUCUCCUCACAGUCCUCGUGCCUUACCUUUAUUACUGGCUAUCCUGGUACCAAGGCAUGAUCUCUAGUGGAGAUGUCGAGCUGUCUGCAAUAUCGAAGAACUUCUUCUUCACCUUCUUCAACUUCUUCGUCAUCUUCACGAUCCUGGGAACAGCAUCCAAGUUCUACCAGAUCUUCGCGCAAUUUGGCGAUGCGAUCCGAGACAUUCAGAAGGUCGCGUACACUCUCGCCAAAUCGUUGCAGAACUUGCUGCCGUUCUACACGAACUUUAUCAUUCUUCAAGGUCUUGGGCUGUUCCCGUUCCGAUUACUGGAAGUCGGAAGUAUGAGCCUGUACCCCAUCUUCCUCAUGGGCGCGAAGACGCCGCGCGACUAUGCUGAACUGGUGCAGCCACCGAUCUUCAUCUAUGGCUUCUAUCUACCGAAUGCACUGCUCAUCUUCAUCAUCUGCAUGGUCUACUCGGUGCUCCGCAGUUCUUGGCAAGUCUUGCUGGCAGGAUUCAUCUACUUCGCGUUUGGACACUUUGUGUACAAGUACCAGCUUCUGUACGCCAUGGACCAUCGACAGCAGACUAGUGGCAGGGUGUGGGGGAUGAUUUGCGAUCGCAUCUUUGUCGGCAUGGUGUUCUUUCAGCUCGCCACUGCGGGCCAACUGAUCCUCCAAGGCGCCGUUGCGAGAAGUGUCAUGAUGGUACCGCUCGUCAUUGCCACCAUCUGGAUCAGCAUUGUGUACGGCAAGACCUACAAGCCGCUACUGAAGUUCAUCGCCUUGCGGAGCAUUAAACGUGGCGAAGCGAUCGAGAGCUACAGCGACAUGGAUCCACGAUACAGCGAUCACGAGCUGGGUAGAAGCGACAGCGAGCCCAACGAACAUGGCAGUCCGGAUGCCCCUCUCAGCUACGCUGCAAGCCUCAAUAGUACGAACUUGGCACCUGAAAGGAACAUUUGGGCGAACGACGACCCAGUACAGACAGCACAAGCAGCUGUACAGCACAAGAUCAGACACAAGAAACCCACGCCUCCUGAUGUUGUGACACGCUUUGUGAAUCCUAGUCUCGUAGCACCACUCGGCCGAGUAUGGAUAGCAGACAAGGAUUUCCGUAGAGAGGGCGCCGGCGAGCAAGAGGAGGGCCUUAUGGACCUCGAAGACGGCGAACGAGCGCCAGAGUAUGAUCGACCACCGGAGCAUGAGCGUCGUUGCAAUCGAGGUGCAGGCGCGGCUGAUGCUAUUAAUGCUGCAGUAUAA